AUGACUGGUUUUAUUCUCAUGGGGUUUUCAGCCAAGCCUGAACUGGAAAUAUUUUAUGCCUCUCUGUUCUUAGUUUUAUACUUGUUGGCCUUGAUUGGCAAUGUUGUCAUUAUCACCACAACUUCCCUGGAUGACAGUCUCCAGUCCCCCAUGUACUUCUUCCUGAAACAUCUCUCCCUUUUGGAUCUCUGCUAUAUUUCUGUCAUCGUGCCGAGAUUCAUCUACGACUCUUAUAUGCAUAGUGGAAAUAUUUCCCUCUGGGAAUGCAUAUUGCAGUGCUUUGCCUUUGUUUCCUGCGCCUCUGCCGAACUGUGUAUCCUCACAGUGAUGUCCUAUGAUCGCUACGUGGCCAUCUGCCUUCCACUGCGCUAUGAAAUCAUCAUGGAUGUCAGAACCUGUGUCCAUGGAGUUGUAGGUGUCUGGAUUGGUGGGGUUAUGUCUGGAGCCAUGCAUACAGCAGCCACUUUCUCCAUCCACUUCUGUGGUCCCCAUGUCAUUCACCAGUUCUUCUGUGAUGUCCCCCAGCUCGUGAAACUCUCCUGUAAUAAGGAAUUUCUCGGUGAGGUUGGUGUUGCUCUCUUCCUUGCUCUGCUGGCUUUUCUCUGUGUCAUCUUUAUUGGAUUCUCCUACAUGCACAUAUUCUCCUCUGUGCUUAGAAUCUCCUCUGCUGAGGGCAGGGCAAAGGCCUUUUCCACUUGCCUCCCCCAUCUCAUUGUUGUUUUGUUAUUUAUUUCCACUGGUACUUUUGAGUUUUUAAAGCCGCACUCUGACUCUCCAACUGUUUCUGACAUUUUGCUCACUAUUCUUUAUACAGUGGUACCCCCAAUUUUUAAUCCAGUGAUCUAUAGUCUGAGAAAUAAAGCCAUAAAACUAGCUAUCAAAAAAGUUUUCCAAAGAAGAGAAGUAUACCACUUAUGUUGA